UUAAGACACUAGGGUUUCUACAAUAAAUGCAAUAGAAGGAUCAUCAACUCAGAUCGCAGAAACCAUGACUACGCGGAAGCACAAUCACGAAAAUCAUAAGAAUUAGGAUUCACCUUGAAGGAGUGCGAGCGAGCAGCGAUGAUCCGAGAGUCGGUGAAUAGAACAAUUCAAUUCACAUUCUAUGCUAACUUCAUCCAAAACAUCAGCAGCAGCGAUCAGUGGGUUCGAUUAACAAUGAGCCAGUUGAUGAAUGCAGAAACAAAUCCCUAAAAAGUCCACUUCUUGUUGCUCCAAUUUCAUAGCAGCGAAAACCUCACAUCCAUUCUAUCAAGGGUGCUUAUGUUUCAUCCUUGUCUCAAAUUUCUCUUUAUUACCUUCUCAAAAUAGUCAGUCAACAGACAGACCACUAGGAUUAUGAAAGUUUAUGGGUCGGACAUUUUUUCUACUCUUUUUGUUCUUUUAAGAAGAAUUUCUAAUGGUUGGAUUGAAGGGUCAGGAUCCAAUUGUUGACAGGGAAUUGUGCGGAACCCAUCAAGCUUGAUGAUUGAUUUUGGAAUCUAAUGCAGAACGAAGGUUGAGUGUAGUCGUUUAUAUCAGUAGUAGUACUGUAGUAGUGUAUAAAACAUAAUAGAAUCGGAGGAAAAAAAAAAAGGAAACUCUGAAGAACGAAGCGCUGUCUUGUAAGAAGAGAAAUCGUUGGAGUGUGAUCUGAAAGUGUGAGACUUCUUCACAUCGCAAUUCGCAGAUCGAUGCCACUCUUCUCUCACCGUCCCUCUCACUCUCUCGCAACCACCAAGACCUUCAAGCCACACAAACCAUCGUCAACCAAUUCUCCCGCGCGUUACCCUCUGCGCAUUAUCGUCUUUUCCCUCAUCUCUCUUUGCAUCGGAAUUUCUGGCACAAUUUUCGCCGUUGUCGCCAUCCGUAGACCUAGACCCGUACCCGUUUUCCACUGUGGUAGAUCCGUGGACACUUUCCGCGCUUUCUACUCAGCUUCGAGCUCCCGGAGGCUUGGUGGUAAUAGGGGCUUAAUUGAUCGGCCCAAGCUUCUUGGGUUCGUCGGAAUACAAACCGGGUUUGAUUCGGUUGAACGGCGGGCAGCUCUGAGGAGCACCUGGUUUCCAAGGGACCCAGAUGGGCUUUUAAGGUUGGAGCAAGCUACUGGUUUAGCUUUUAGGUUUGUAAUCGGGCGAUCAAAAGAUUUGAAGAAGAUGGCCCAGCUUGAGAAAGAGGUAGAGACAUAUAGUGACUUUAUGCUCAUUGAUAUGGAAGAAAAGUAUCUAAAGCUUCCUUACAAAACGCUGGCAUUCUUUAAAGCAGCCUUUGAGCUCUUUGAGGCAGAUUAUUAUGUCAAAGCUGAUGAUGAUAUUUAUUUACGUCCGGAUAGACUUGCAACUCUUCUUGCUAAGGAACGUACAAACCCAAUGACUUACAUUGGAUGCUUGAAAAAAGGACCAGUCAUCACUGACCCUAAGCUGAAAUGGUAUGAGAAGUCUGGACAUCUGAUUGGGAAUGGGUAUUUUUUGCAUGCUUAUGGUCCGAUAUAUGUUUUAUCUGCUGAAGUUGUGGCUUCAUUGGCAGCUGCUAGAAACAAUAGUUUGAGAAUGUUCAGCAAUGAAGAUGUCACUAUAGGCUCAUGGAUGCUUGCCAUGAAUGUUAACCAUGAAGACAACAGAGCAAUCUGUGAUCCUCGAUGCACACCCACAUCAAUUGCUGUCUGGGAUAUUCCAAAAUGUUCAGGUUUAUGCAACCCAGCUAGUAGGAUGAAGGAGCUUCACAAGAUCGAUAUGUGCUCCAAAAGUCCAACAUUGCCACCCGAUGAUAGAUAGUUAUUUCAUUCCUGUGACGAGCCAUGGCUGGCUUCUGACACCUUUUGUUCAUGGGGUUGCAUGUAUGCACACUAUUCACAUAUAGGAAUUUUGUAAUAUAGUCUACUCAGUGUUGUAUUCCCUAAAUCUCUCAAUCCAAAUACAUUCUUACAGUGGCCGUCCCACAAAAAUACAGUUUCUGUUGGUAUGUAAAUCAUCACUCUGCCAAAAUACUUUAAAGAGUGUAUCUAUGUAAUAAUCCAUUAGCUAUUACCUGAUCAUUGUUUUCUGCA